UUUUUUUUUUUCUCUCUCUCUCUCUCUCUUUUCUCGUGCACACAAUAGAAUCUGUCACGGUCGCAAAUUCGCGACGUCGGUGCAGCCUGCCUUUUCCUCUGCCAUUGCCACAAUGGGGAAUAUCAGGCCUACACCGCCGUGUGACCUUGAGACGGGCCCUCUCAAGGCUCGGCCACCACCACCGCCUCCACCCCAUUUUCACCCUCCAGCCCCUCAGUCAUGGUUCUCAUGGCUUGUGCCGUUGAUUUUUGCUGCUAAUAUUGUCGUGUUUGUGUACACCAUGUACUACAAUGAUUGCCCAGCACACGGAAAUAAGGACGACUGUCUUUUCCAUAAAUACUUGGGGAGAUUUUCUUUCCAACCCUUCAAAGAAAAUGCACUCCUUGGCCCUUCCUCUAACACGCUGAUAAAACUAGGAGGGCUUGAAAAGAAAUCAGUGGUGGAGGGAGGUGAAGGAUGGAGGCUCUUGUCUUGCAUGUGGCUUCAUGCUGGAGUUGUGCAUUUAGCUGCCAACAUGUUGAGUCUUCUAUUCAUUGGAAUCCGGCUUGAGCAGGAAUUUGGAUUUGUGAGAAUUGGAGUCUUGUACCUGCUUGCUGGUUUUGGUGGAAGCUUGUUAUCUGCUCUUCAUGCAAAAUCAACAGUAUCAGUUGGUGCAUCUGGUGCACUUUUCGGGUUACUGGGAGCCAUGCUCUCUGAGCUUCUCACUAACUGGACAAUCUAUGCAAAUAAGUGUGCAGCACUUUUUAGCCUCGUGAUCAUUAUUGGCAUAAAUUUGGCAGUAGGGUUUCUACCUGGUGUGGACAAUUCAGCUCAUAUUGGAGGAUUCAUUUCAGGAUUUCUCCUUGGCUUUAUUCUUUUGGUUCGUCCUCAAUUUGGAUAUGUAAGCCGCAAAUACAUUCCUCCUGGAUAUGAAAUAAAGAGGAAACCCAAGCACAAGUGUUAUCAGUACCUGUAUGGGAUUACAGCCUUAGUCCUCUUAAUUCUUGGAUAUGCAUACGGAUCUUAUGAGCUAUUUACUGGUCAGAAGAUGUUUAGUCUGCCCGUCUAGAGCUUCAAUCGGCUGAAAGAUUAUGUACUUGCUCCGUUAGAGCAUAGCUGAAGGGAAAUAGAGACAAAACCAGGCACCCAGAGACUCACAGAUUGCAAUAUGGUGUAGCUUGCUAUACUCAAAUCCAUCUGGCUUAUAAAUCAGUAUAGAGAAAUACAUGAAUGAUUACUUAUGAGAGAAUUUAAUGGAAUUGGAUAGAGAAAUACAUGCAUGAAAGCAAUUUGAAGGACCAUAUGAAAUAGUAUUCGACACUAUCAAGUAUCA